AUGGUACGGCCAAAUAAUUGUGUCAUUCUCCUGACCUCAAUCACCGUAUUCAUCUAUGCCAUUAUCCUCGGACCGCGUUACAGUACGGAAGCUCUGACCACUUCCAACACCAACAUCAUUCGCAAUGACAACGACGGUGACCACAGCGACGACGACGACCGACUGAUAACUCCAGUGCAGCUAAUUAGCCCUGAAUCCAUCAGCCAAAACGACGAACACGGUGCAAGCCCCCCACGUCCUCUCACAGACCAAUUGGACUUUGGCGGUCAGCAGCCGGAACCGAAGCGUAUGAAAUUAAAAGUGUCCACCAAACGACGCAAGGCAGGCCACGGUAGUCACAAAUCGAACCGGAACAGUACCGCGACUGGUAAAAACUCCUCCUCCAAACGCAAACGAAAGCCGACGAUGCAGAGCGCCUUGCAGUCAGCCGCUCGUAAGGGUCUCGAAGCUAUGACGGAGCUGUUCGACCAACGUGAGCCGGAAAUCAUUAAACGGGGUGACGUCCUUGACCCUAACGAACCCGGUGCACUGCUAUCGAAAUUUAGCUCGUCGGACGAUUCGCCGCAGGAUGUCACCAAGGCAGGUUACGCUGCACUGGUGGCUGCUAAGCAGUUGAAAGAAAGCACCAACGUCGAGUACGUGGCCGUGGGACGCCAGCUUCCGCCGAAAAUUUCACUCAAGCGGACCCCCCUGGAAGGGAUGUGCCCAUCGAGGGAGUCACCACCGUGCGUCCCGGCCAGUCGACGCUAUCGGACCCAUGACGGAACGUGCAACAAUCGGAAGAAACCCCGCUGGGGAUCGGCCCAGAUGCCAUUCCAUCGGUUCCUUGCGCCGGAGUACGCGGAUGGCGUUGAUGUGAUAAGGCGUUCGUCAAACGGCUCACCGCUACCUUCGGCACGUUUCGUCAGUCUGGUGGUGCACGGAACCCGCCAGGAGGAAGCCCCCGUAACGAUGAUGCUUGCCCUGUGGGGACAGCUGUUGGAUCACGAUCUGACCGCAACGGCGCAGCCUCGCAGUUUGAACGGUUCAACGCCGCGCUGCUGUGGGGGGAAAAAUGAUGACGCAUUGCAUCCGUCCUGUUUGCCCAUCAAGGUUCCAUUGGAUGACCCGUGGCUGUCACCGCUUGGUGUGCGGUGUUUGGAGUUUCUGCGUUCGGCACCAGCCCAGCGACGUGACUGUCUGCUUUCGUGGCGCGAACAAACCAACCAGGUAACAACGUACAUCGAUGCAUCUCCGAUUUACUCGAGCAACCCUCGCACAUCGGACAAUGCGCGAAUCUUUCGAUCCGGGUUGCUUUUGUUUGGACGGGGGCCACCGAGCGAAGACGUAUGCUUCCGUGCUGCAUUAGCCAACCAAUGCAUUCGGCCUGGCGAUGCCCGGAGUGGCGAACAACCCGGACUGCUCAUGCUCCACAUGGUUUGGGUCAAUGAACACAACCAAAUAGCUACUCAGCUUUCCGACAUCAAUCCGCAUUGGAGCGAUGAGAAGGUGUAUCAAGAGACACGGCGAAUAGUUGGAGCUAUGUUUCAGCACAUCACUUUUCGCGAGUUUUUACCGAUCAUCUUAGGAAAACAAGUAUGUCGAUUGUUCGACUUAGAACUGGAGACCAGUGGCUUCUACACAGGAUAUGACCCAAACAUUAACCCCACCGUGACAAAUGAGUUUGCGGCCGCAGCUUUUCGUUUCGGUCAUUCCUUGAUACAGGGAUCCUAUAUGAGAGCGGACCGAUUCCAUCGUUUUAUACCGAACAAUGUGACCUUGCACGAAGAAUCCGCAGAAGGUGACCUCGGUGGUCCUGGAUCAUUGCACAGACUGGUGCGAGGUAUGGUCAACCAACGAGCCCUAAAGCGCGACGAGUUUAUAACAGCGGAAUUGACAAAUCAUUUGUUUCAAACCAGAAGUUUCCCUUUCGGCUUAGACCUGGCGGCAAUCAACAUACAACGCGGUAGAGAUCACGGUAUUCAGCCGUAUAUAAAUUGGAGAGUACCAUGCGGACUUACGCCCAUCAGAGAAUGGAACGAUCUGGAGCGAGUCAUGGGUCCAGCUUCGGCACAUCGUUUACGUAAAGCGUACCGCAACUUGGAUGACAUUGAUCUGUUCGUAGGAGGUCUUGCCGAACGACCGGUUGUAGGAGGUAUCGUAGGACCAACAUUUUCCUGUAUUAUUGCUCAGCAAUUUAGCAAUCUGCGCAAGGGAGAUCGAUUUUGGUACGAAAACCCAGGUUUUGAAUCGUCAUUUACGCCAGCGCAGCUGGACGCGAUUCGACAGGUAGCUUUCUCGCAGGUUUUGUGCAGAGCACUUGGAGGGGGAACCCUGCAGCCACAUGCUUUCCUUCCAGCUGAUAUAAUACAAAACGAGAGACUACCAUGUGACUCAAAACUGAUGGCACCUAUCGACCUGGAACCAUGGACCGAACGAGACCCGUUCACUAGACCAAAUGACGCAACGAACACUGGACAGAGCGAAAACCUGAUCGACCUUGAUGCAGUACAAUCUCUUGCUACAACUACCUCGACAACUAGACAGCCUACGAAAAAAGCAAAUAUUGUGAGUAAUGUGGACUUCAUACCGAACGGAAACGUUGGUCUGCAGAUACCCUCUAACGGACACAUUGUUCUAAAUUCCUUGACAACCUCUAUCAACAACAAACUAGACAUUGGCACGCCGACAUCAGCCAGUAUUUCCCACGUAACCAGACCUAGUACGAACAAGGAGCCGACACUGCUGGCUGCUCCUAAUAUCGAUGACAAAUUGGACCUAAGCAGUACGACUCAGCUUCCGCAGCGAAAACCGACUCGAAAAACUACACCGAAACGACGACCGACAGCACCGACAAACGGUAUUAUCACUAAACUAGAUUUAAAACGAGAUUCAAAACUAAACAUAACGGACAGCAACAACGAAAACAAUCAUACAAUAACGAAACGCGACCUUACUUACAUCAACCUGUCAAAGUUAUUCACAGAAGACGAUAACGCAACCCUACUUCCGAAGGACAUCGCUCUUCGACGUGGCUACUAUCCGGCACCUGCUCCGGCACCACCCUCGGACUAUGACAACUAUGACUAUAACUCGGACGCUGACCCACCCGUGUUUGUGAAUCCCGGAUAUGGAUAUGACGGACCUGACACUGAACCACCACCACCGCCACCGAAUCCUUACUAUUACAAACCUACUGAAGAGCCACCCCAACCACCUUAUUGUGGCUACAAUUGCUACCCACCAUUAACGACAUACAAUCCGUACGGACUAGACACAAAACGUAGACCCACACGACAGACGACCCCGAAACGAGGACUUUCCAACAAGAUUAUCAGCGUUAACUACUAUUACGAUACAAAUACCAAACAGAAAACGACACGACAUCAACAGCAACGCAAAACAACUCCGAAAACGGUGUUCCAAAGACCUGGACUUGUAGUAAUAAACGAUAACAGACCAAACGACAAGCCUAUUUUUCUAUCAGCUUCUGCAUCUGCUCUCAACUCUAACGUAUUUCUUCAGAACUCAAAGAAUCCUUCCCCUUCCGCUGUCUCUCAAUCUGUCUUUUCCGUAGACCCUAGACCGCAUUUCUCGUCUCAACCUAUUGCUCAGCAAUCUGUACCUUCGCCUACAUUUUUCCAAAGACAAGCGACUUACCUGAAACCGCAAAAAGAACUAAGAACCAGUCAAGACGGGUUUCCUUCUGGACUUAUAUCUACGCUAAAACACGACUAUGACUACGACACCUUAAACGUUCACGAACAUGACGGAUACCUUCGACCAGAACAAAACAAAUACGAACCCAUCAAAAAGACGAGUGACAUUGAGACCUAUCGCAAUUACAGUCUAUUUAACGUGCGUGAUCCAACGACCAUGAUGACCUAUGAAAUACCAAAACACGCCAAACUUUGGACACAGACAGACUCGUUACGAUACGCUACUAAUUACACCCAAUCACUAGAACUGGAAGACGACCUGGACCAAUUCGUACGACCGUACAUUUACCAGGACAAAACAACCAACGUACCAGACAGAAACAAUCCUGCUGACCCUACCGACAAAGCUCCGCAAACGACGAAUAAAACGCAAGAUGACUUAAAUACGGGAAUUCUGUUGACUGACAAAGUUGAUCGAACAGAACUUGGAAUAGACCACUACACAGAUAAGACAAAAUCGACUACCAAAGUGCUGUGUCAAAUCAACGUUGACUCACAUGGACCAUGUACAGAGGAACAUGAAUACGAAAGACUACAAUCAACUGCCAACGUAAACGAUGAAAAACUUCUGACGAAACUAGACAACUUCAACGAGACCACGACAGGCACGAUAGACUUGAAUGACAAUACAAAUUACUUAACUGACAGUGUGUACGAUAAAAUUGAGACAACGGUCUAUACUGACAAAACAAACUACCCGCAAGACAAAUUAAACGAGGACCAAACAGGACAAGACAUCCCGCUUUCAACAGGACAAAACCAAACUGAAACAAUCUACAAUAACGCACAACCGACAGUGAACACAUACGACAAAAACUUUCUUGGGACUAGAACUCGACCGCACGAACUUCUUACGAAACCAGAACGUUCACCAGACAAAACUUUGACCACAACUUCCGACGACAGUUUCGAUUACUACACCGACCACGACAGCACCGAUCCAACGGACGAGACGAAUUACGGAGAGCUUCCGUUCUCGGACAUAGCGGACCCUAUCGACGCAAUGAGUUUAGCACUGUUCGGUGAUGUGCAUGGCCGAUCGCCCGCUAAGGACACCAUACAAGCAAUUCCGGACGAAACUGACAGCACUGUCGAACAUGCGACACACCUGAAACAGGAUGUAACUUCUGACAGACUGAAGGUCGACCGACGACCGACCAGUAACGCACCCCGAAGACGCAGACCGACAAACUCGAAACGACCGACCGUUGUUAACCACGGAUCAAACCAUGACCGAAGACAGCAAGGAAUCGCACUGGUUCCCUUCGUACUGUUAACUAGCAUUGAAAGACCGGAUAACUGGGUGAUGUUCAAUGUGGCCAAGUCGAAGAAGCGAAAUCCGCUGCCGGAAGUUCCACUGCUUAAGAGCGACGUGUACUCCCUCAGUGAGCUGCCGAAACCAAUUAGUGCGGAGGAUUGA